UACGACGGGAUAUGGAUUAUCGACAGAGGCCAUGAUCACAAAAUACUACUCCCGGACUCGCCACUACGAUUUAGCGCCAUGCUUUUGGUAUCGCUGAAAACCGUAGCGUUAUGAAUCUCCCCACUCAUCUCUGUUUUUAGUAUCGCUGAAACCGAAGCGUUGUGCAUCUCCUUGCUCAUCUCUGCUAAAAGUGUCGAAUUUCCAUUCUUUUUCUGAAAUAAAGCUAUGUCGAGACGAUUAAGGUAUAAUAACGAAACGUGUACACUGUUGUAAAUGAUAUAGUCGAGUCUCGCCACGGUUACUUCCACCAAGCCUGACAGUCGCUUUCAAUGUUAAUUAACGAAAAUUGUACGGUACCCAGCAUUUAACACUCCUAUGAUUAAUUUAAAUAUUUUCAAUUCGAUAUCAGUGGAAUAUAUUUAAUGAAACAAGACAUGUAUUUCGGUGGUUAGGCAGCAUGUGCUAAAAAUUUGGAAAAUUCGUUAUAUUUCAUCUGUCAAAGUCAGAUAGUGAUCUCAUGGGUCAAUUAUAUAAACAUAUAACUGCAGCCUUCAUUUAAAAGCUGGUGUGUGCAUUGGCCUCUCACGAGUCAAACAAAGUAGUCGAAAGAGAAUAGAAGGUCUCAAACUCAAAUACAUAGAUAAAAUGAUUGGGAAACCAAGAUUUAAAAGGCCAGGAGAAAAUUCUUGGCAAGAGGAUAAAGCUGACAUAGAUGCUCAUUCUUCAACACAAUUUGUCUACAAUGCCCAUCAUUCCUUGGCUAUUGAGUUGCAGCGUCAAAGAUUGCCAAUAUUCAAGAAUCGUAAUCAUAUUAUUUAUCUAUUGGAAAAAUAUCAAACAUUAGUGCUCAUUGGCGAGACUGGUUGUGGUAAGAGCACACAAGUACCCCAGUAUCUCGUGGAAGCAGGAUGGGCUUCAGAUGGCAAAUGUAUCGUUAUCACGGAGCCACGACGAGUGGCAGCGACAUCUUUGGCCAGUAGAGUUGCUGAUGAACGCAAUUCGAUCCUCGGUACGGACGUAGGUUAUACGAUACGUUUUGACGAUUGCACUGGAUCAAUGACGAAGAUAAAGUACAUGACGGAGGGCAUUUUGCUUCGCGAGAUGAUGGGAGAUCCUCUCUUGACCAAUUACUGUGUCAUUAUCUUGGACGAGGUGCACGAACGAACGUUGCUCACGGACAUUAUUAUGGGGUUGCUGAAGAAAGUCCUUCGCAAGCGGAGAAACAUGAGGGUCGUCGUUUCCUCGGCGACUGUUGACGCUGAGCAACUUCGCGAUUUCUUCAAUACAAACACCACGAAAGAUUCUUCGAAAGACACGGCAACGAUCUUGACCAUCGAGGGACGAACGUUUCCUGUUGAUGUAUUUUACGUUCGAGAGCCGGUGGCAGAUUAUGUAAAGGCCGUAGUUGAGACAUGCCUACGGUUACACGAACAGGAGGAAUCCGGAGACGUGCUCUGCUUUCUGACGGGUAUGGAGGAAGUAGAUCGAGCUGUCUCCCUUCUCUCCGAACACGCCAAGCUUAUCAAAGAGGAGAAACAAAAACUAUUAGCUCUGCCCAUGUAUGGUUCUUUGCCAAACGCUGAGCAGCUUAAAGUUUUCUGGAGAGCUGCGAAGGACACCCGCAAAAUCAUUGUGGCCACCAAUAUAGCAGAGACAUCCGUUACCAUUCCCAAUAUUGUUUAUGUGAUCGACAGUGGAUUCGCAAAGAUUCCUUGGUUCGAAGUCGAAACACAAACAAACAGUCUAAUAGUCGCGCCCAUUUCGAAGGCAUCGGCCGAGCAACGGGCAGGCCGGGCUGGCCGCGUUCGUUCAGGAAAGGUUUAUAGACUCUACACCGAGGAGGCCUACGAGAGUCUUGUUGAUGUCACUCCUCCGCAAAUGCAACGUUCCGAUUUAGCACCAGCGAUACUACAACUGAAAGCUCUGGGAAUCGACAACGUAUUACGAUUCAACUUUCCCUCAUCACCCCCAAGUAAGAAUCUUCUUUCGGGCUUGGAACUGUUAUACGCUUUGGGUGCGAUCGACGACAAUGGAGAGCUGACCAAUCCCGUGGGUAUGAAAAUGGCCGAAAUACCUCUGGAGCCGGUAUUUGCCAAGUGUCUCAUAGCUUCUGGUGAGAUAGGUUGCUCAGAGGAGAUGACAACAAUACUGGCGAUGCUUCAAGUACAGAACGUUUUCGUGAGACCGGCUGGGGGUCAGGCGGCUUUGAAGGCUCGUGUUGCUCACCGGAAAUUCGAAGUUGAGGAGGGUGAUCUGAUAACGCUCCUUAACGUCUACACGGCCUACGAGAAGAAUAGGACGUCGGUCUGGUGUCAAAAGAACUUUCUCAAUAGCAAGGCAUUGCAAAGAGUUACGGAAAUACGUACACAGAUGCGAAGACUUCUUCGUAAACUUGAGAUAGAGGCGAUGUCGUGCAACGGUGAUGUGCAACAACUGCUCAAGUGCAUAACGGCUGGUCUUUUUCCAAACGCCGCGUACCUUCAUUACACGGGGGUUUACAGAACAGUCAGAGGUAGUAGGGAUCUAUAUAUUCAUUCAAAUAGCUGCCUCUAUACCGUACCACAGCCACAAUGGGUGCUUUUCUGCGAGAUACUACAGACCAAUAAGACAUACAUGAGAGAGCUUACAGUCAUUCGACCGGAGUGGCUCGAACAAUUGGCACCACAUUUUUACGAACGAGCCGCAAUCGAUCCUAUUUAAGCCUUUUACUGUGGAUAUUGAUUUUCCUAUUAAAUAUCUUAUGUAGUAGAUUAAAUCUAAUGCGCAUUAUAUAAAAUUAAUAUGGCUCUUUUGUUACCGUUUUCUCAUUAAAGAAAUACAUUUUUUUAUUCUGUA